GCGGGACCGCUAGCGGGCGGCUUUUUAUCUAGUGGCAGUGCCAAAGGCGGCAUUGCGUCUGUGGGCGGCCCAGCCGCUGCCGUGGCUCCGGGCCCGGGAGGGACUGUGCAGACCAUCGCUUCUCCAGUUGAGGGUGCCGCCGGCGGGGCAGCCGCGGGAACGGGAAGCGGAGGUGGGUUUAACAGGACAAUUCACGAGACGCCCGCGCAGGCUCCGCGAAGGACGACAUUGGAUUCCGGGUUUUUCGUCCCGAAAGCCACACCCAUCCAGCGCAAUCCGCAGGCCACACCGCCGGAGCAGCCAGGUGGCAACGUUCGUUCGCGAGCUGCAGGCAGCUGGAAUCCUUUUUUGUUCGGAGGACCGUCGAGCCAACUACCACAGCCACUGGGAUUAU